AUGGGACAUAAGGAGCAUGGAGGGACUUGGCACAUGGAAGCAGCUCAACUGGAUACGCAAAGGAAGAAGGGAGAAGCCAUCUUGAAGACCAGCUCGACCGUCUACUCGACCAACCGGUCGAGUUCCUCAACUCGACCGGCCAAGCUUCAACUCGAUCGAGCUGAGAAGUCAACAGUCAAACCCGAAAAAUUUCACUGCGUCCCAAAGAAGGGAGGAAUCACUGUCAUAAAGAAUGACAAAGAGGAGCUGAUCCCCACUAGAACAAUAGUGGGGCAUCGCAUGUGUAUAGACUAUAGGAAGUUAAAUUCUGCAUCUAGAAAGGAUCAUUUCCCUCUUCCUUUCAUUGAUCAGAUGCUUGAAAGAUUGGCAAACCAUCCCUUCUAUUGUUUUCUUGAUGGUUACAGUGGUUUCUUCCAAAUCCCGAUCCAUCCCAAUGAUCAUGAGAAGACCACUUUCACAUGCCCUUAUGAUCUGAUAGAGGAGAUGGUAGAAGUCUUCAUGGACGAUUUCUCAGUCUAUGGAGCAUCCUUCUCCUCAUGUUUGUCAAACUUGUGCAGGGUCUUGCAGAGGUGUGAGGAGACAAAUCUGGUACUCAACUGGGAGAAGUGCCACUUCAUGGUUCAAGAAGGGAUUGUUCUUGGACACAAGAUUUCUGAGAAAGGGAUCGAGCUCGAUCGAGCUAAGGUGGAUGUGAUGUUGCAGCUUCCUGUGCCAAGACUGUGA